GAGUAGGAUUGGCUGUCAGGAGUGAUCGGUCCGGCGAAGGAGUAGGAGGUCCGGGUCGCCAUUUUGGCAGGUUGUGAGAGCCUUCUGUCGUCGCCGUGAGCCGAGCUGUCGUUCGCCCAGCUGAGCCCUUUACGCGCGCGCGAGAGAGCUCAUUCGGCUCGAUCGAAUUCGCGACACCAAAAAGCAGAGACCAGGCCGGUUGGUCGCGAAAUCGAGGGAAAUACUACUUGAACCAACGGGAACCGGCUCCACGCAUGUAUAUUCGCAAUCUUUACGUAUAUCGUUCUACACAUAACUCUUCAUUCCCUGUUGGUGCUCUCGAGUAGGUUUUACUCUCGUGUCGGUUGAAACGCCAGUUUGUGGUGGUGUGCGUGUGACACUAUCGUCGAGGCUGCAGAACUGUUCCUGACUGUGAUAGAUAGUACGACACGAGAGACAGAAAAGGAGAGUAGUUAGAGAGUCGAAAGGUGCGUGAGCUUUAGAGGAAAAAAAGUUCGAGUGUGACAGAAGUACAGGGACAGUAUGGCGGGACAGACGAUCAACGACAGGCUAUUGGCAGCCAGGCACAGCAUCGCCGGUCAGGGUCUCGCUAAGGCUGUCUGCAAAGCUACUACCGAGGAGAUGAUAGGACCCAAAAAGAAGCAUCUCGAAUACUUGGUGCGGUGCACGAACGAACCCAACGUGUCGAUACCUCAACUGGCGAAUCUGUUGAUAGAACGGUCGCAGAACACGAACUGGACGGUCGUUUUUAAAGCUCUGAUCACGGUGCACCAUAUGCUUUGUUACGGCAAUGAGAGGUUUACACAGUAUCUGGCGUCCAGUAACAGCACGUUUCAACUCAGUAAUUUUCUCGAUAAAAGCGGCGUUCAAGCAGGAGCUCGUAUUGGCUAUGACAUGUCACCAUUUAUUAGGAGAUACGCGAAGUACCUCAAUGAGAAGGCUCUUUCUUACAGGACCGUAGCGUUUGACUUUUGCAAGGUGAAAAGAGGGAAGGACGACCGUACUUUGCGCACAAUGAACGCUGAAAAACUGUUAAAAACCUUGCCAGUUUUGCAGUCACAGUUGGAUGCUCUAUUGGAGUUCGAUUGCACCGCUAAUGAUCUCACCAACGGUGUCAUAAACAUGGCUUUCAUGCUCCUUUUCCGGGAUCUGAUUAGAUUGUUUGCCUGUUACAAUGAUGGCAUUAUUAACUUACUAGAAAAGUAUUUUGAUAUGAAUAAAAAGCAAUGUCGCGAAGCUCUGGACUUGUACAAAAAGUUCCUCAUACGAAUGGAUCGGGUGGGUGAAUUUUUAAAGGUUGCCGAGAACGUUGGCAUUGAUAAAGGAGACAUACCUGAUCUAACAAAGGCUCCUAGUAGCUUACUGGAUGCGUUAGAGCAACAUCUUGCCUCCUUGGAAGGAAAGAAGGGAUCUGCAGCAAACACUCCAACACAGUCUGCAAGCAAUAGAACGAAUGUAAAGUCGGGAGUGUCCGCCCUGUCUUCCACCAGUACUGCGUUUGGAACAGCAGCCAGUAAUAAUCGCCUCGACCACGCCGGAAAUGGACAUAUCGAUGAAGCACUGCGGCAGCAAGCCCUCGCGGAAGAGGAGGCUGCUAUGAAUCAGUACAAGGCGAAAGUGCAAUCCCCAUCGAGCGGACCUAGUACGAAUCCAUUCCUCAGUUCACCGACCAACAACGCUAAUCAACCAAUAGUAGAUCUAUUCAGUUCACCAUCAACGACAACGACAGCUGAAAGUCAGCCGCAAAAAGCGUCAGACGAUUUGCUCCAAUUAGCAGGGAAUCCUUUCGCGGAUAUGUUCGGAGCGCCACAGCCUGCAACUGCAUCGACCACACAAACGCAGAACAAUAUGUGGAUGACUAACGGUAACGGUUUCGCCGCAGUGCCCCCAGCAAAUAAUAACUUUGUUACAGAUAACAGUUUCUCUUCCGUAUUUGGUAAUCAAGACUCGAAAUCUGGUUUUGACAGUUUGGGCAUGAUGCUGAUGCCUACCACUGUAGCUGGAGAUAAUAAUAUUUCAGCAGCAGGACAACAGCAGAAUGCAACAUCCACUGGCAAAGUCCUGACUGGAGAUUUGGAUAGCAGCCUUGCUAGUCUUGCUCAAAAUCUGACAAUCAACAAAAGUGCGCAGCAGCAAGUCAAGGGUAUGCAAUGGAAUUCCCCCAAAAACGCUGCUAAAACUGGUGGCCCAGCUGGUGGAUGGACACCACAGCCUAUGGCAGCUACGACUGGUGCUGGGUAUCGCCCAAUGGGACAAGGAAUGACGCAACUCCCUUCAACUGCUAUGGGCUUCCCUCCCCACACUGCACCAUUGGGAAUGCAAGGUGUGCCAAUGGGCAUGCAGGGUAUGCAGGGCAUGAGGCCAAUGAUGAGCACAAUGCCUGGUGGUCCUGGUGGCAUGAUGGUCGCAGGAGGAACUGCAUCAAUGAUGAUGCCCAGCACAAAUCCCAUGAUGAGUGCUAAUCUUCAGCAGCAACCGCAGCCACAGCAGCAGCAACAACAAUCCCAGGCUGUUCAACAGCCGCAAAAUAAUCAAGUCCAACUUGAUCCAUUUGGUGCCCUGUGAAGAGAUUAGGAAUUCUGAUUGGAAUCGAGCAAACGAAGCACCAACUUUGUAAAUACCGUGUAAUAUGCCUAGGAAAUGUGCCCUGCUUGCUCUUGUUAUUCUAUGUCAUCCGUAACGAAUCGGCCCGUCCUCACGAAGAAAAAAGGAGAAGAAAAACAAUAUUGAAGUUUAUCAUUGGAUCGUUCUCCGGGAAACGCGACGGCGCCGACGGAUUCUCAUUAAUAUACAUAUUAUAUAUAUAUAUUUCUACUGCUGAUUGAGUAUAAUCGUAUAUACGGAUUUGCUCAGUUUACGGCGGUUGCCUUACAGAGAUACGCGUAGUCUCAGUGUAUACAUACAUAUAUAUACAUAGUCUUGCGGGACGACUAAAAGAAACAAAAGAUAAAAAAACGAAAAAAAAAAAAAAAAAAAUAGAGAGCUUAGAGACAGAGUUAUGAAAAAUGAAACAUGAAAAAUGAAAAAAAAAAAAAAAAAGAUUGUACGAGCCGUAUUACGUUUAGAAUUCCAUGAGGUACGUGGGUGCAACUAUUCCGUAUGAGUUGACUGUGAUAGUAUUGCAUCGACAUUGUAGUGUUUUCCAGUGAUCGAAGGGAGAGCUGGAAGAAAAUGAGGGAGAGCCUGAGAGAGCGUGUACAUGUAUAUUUGAGAGCAAGAAUGAAUGGAAGAUUGAACGAAGAGAUGGAGUUAUUAAUGAAAUUGUUUCGGUACAGGAGGUAGGAGGUCCAAAGUAGUUCCAUACAAGCUUUAUAUAUACUGGAACGUGUAUCGAGUUUAACUGAGAAUCAUCUUUCCGUAUAAUAUAGAAAGAGCAACUAUAUUGAAGUUGGUUUUAAGUCAUGUUGAUUCUAAACGUACAUACACAUCGUGGAAAAUUAUACAUAGUUGGCUGAUGCAUGAUGUAUCCAUAGUAAAGAUGUAAAGUACGUACGUAUUUUGCGUAUACAUGUGCACACGCGCGCGCAAUUGUGCAGGUGCAUACGUACCCGACUAUAUUUCACAAUUCGUGCGAGAAGAUAUAACGUUAAAAAUAUAAAUAUUAUCUGAAAAAGAAAAAUUAUACAUAUAUAUAUAAAUGUAUGUGUAUGUAUAUGGCGUAAUCUUAAUAAUGGCGCACCCGUGUCGCUCUGUUUCAUUUUUUCGUACUAUCUUUACCGGUAUAUAUUUUGAUUUCGACUCAGGGCGCUGAAGCAGUUACGACGUAUCCUUUAUUAAAGUAUUAAAUACUAAACGAUAUACAUAUAUAUAUAUAUAUAGCGAACGAGAGUGAGAUUGUGCGAGUGAAAGAGAUAUAAAAUGGAAUGUUAGGUGGUCUCACUAAUGUUCUUUAUCCGUAUACCGUUCCGAACUGUCUUAAUUAGGUAAUUAAAACGAACUAUAUAUACAAGUUAAGAUUAUGAUACUCAUGCGAUAAAUUAUAAUGAAUGUAACACGCGGAUCUACGAUUCAGUAUGGUACUAUUAAUAUAUAGUCAAUAAUUCCUGUUCUAAGGUCUAAUUCGGGAUUCAUUUCAUCCCCUUGGCGCGUGCAGCUACCUCCAUGAACAAUGUUUGCUAUAUAUUACCGAAUACAUUAUAUAGUAAUAUAAAUAUCUUCGUUCCUGUCUGGAAUUCGCAACACUCGAAGAGGCUGCACGAGAUCCUAAGCGGAGAGAAAAAAGCCCUGUAAAUUGUACCAACUUCUUUUACUUUAUUCCCCGUGAUGUUGCAUCUGUAAACAUUCUUUCUGGCUGAUUCGAAUGGCGUUGAUUAGAGGAACACUGGUGUAUAGGAACGGAAAGAGAACCUAGAGAAACUGGAAGUGAGACUUGAAUGCUUCGCGGUCACUGGAACCUACCUAUUUGAUACUCAUUCAAUGACCACUAUGAUUUGUGAAUUAGCAGCGAUUUUCGCUUUAUUUGGAGAAAUUUCGAACGAUGUAAAGCAAGCGCUGGUUUGUAAGAUUCUACGAAUUUUUACAAAAAUUCGGUAAAACCAUUUGACAAAAUUGAAAAAUAUUCUUUUCUAUUCAAUGAAUUUAUAAAACUACAUUAGCAAAUCGAGUAAAACAGCUGUUUUCAGCACAAGAGGAGUUUCUUGAUCAAGAUCCCAAUAUUAUGACUGCAGAAGAGAAGGUUGUAAGAAAGGAAGAGCGAAUCAAUGAAAAUGUGAGAAAGUUUAGUUCAAAGCGUUGGACUUUGGGAAGUCAGGAGUGCACAGAUGUUUCUUUCACAUUGGACCACACGCAUAAACCACAUGCAUAAACCACAUUCAAGAUCCAAGAGGUAGAAAUUAUACUUGUUAAAGUUUAGCACGACAAAUGAUUUCUCAAGCAAUGAAUCUCUUUGUUGAAGCGAGGUUAAUUUUCUAAACGUGAUUAUUCAAGGAAUUUGUGCACUCCUGAUGCGAAGUUUGUGUCCGCGACUUAUUUAACUUAGGUGUUCUUGUAUAAUAUGGUUCUCGCAGUUGGCGGAAGUAAUGGCCAUAGGAGACUAGAUCAUAAAGUACAUGUUCAAUUAACGACUACAGAUCAUGCAAGAAGAAAACUGGUCACCAUUAAGUUUAAAAGGGUGGUCUCUGUGUUGACAUUCUGCGUAACCUUGGAAACUUUUCUUUCGUACAGUAGAACCUCGUUAAUCCGAAUUUCUUGUAUAGAAGAAAACUUAUUUCGAAUUAGUAGGAAUGAGGUUUAUUUUCGGAGGAGGAACUGAACCGAAGAAGACCUUGAAUAAAAUACAUUGAUAGGUAGAAAAGUUUUUUCGAUUAUAUUUUCCUUAACUCUAUUUGCAAAAGAAAGAGAGAAAGGAAAAUAUUUCUACGAAGAAACUUUUGAAUCGAACGUGAAAGGAAAUCUAAAUCGAAAUAGUUAAAGUGGAACAUCCAAUGGAGUUAGGGUUAACGAGGUCUCACUUCGCACAAAAGAUGUGGAAACCAUGAUAAUGCAGAACCUCGUUAUUUCGGAAUCGUCCAGAGUUGUCCAGAUUAGUGAGAUUGUACUAUAUUAUCAACGAAAAGCGGAGGAGAAAGGAAAUUGUAAUUCUCUUUAGGCUUGAGAACAAUGGAAUAAAUGUAAAUUGAUCUUUUUAUACUACAUGCUUUAGCUUUCUUUUCUUUCGUUCUGAAGAGGUUUGGUUGUACGAUCGUGUAAUGCGUUUAGAACAAUGUUUUACAUUGCAGUACACAAAAAACAAACGUUUGUGUAAACUUACUGGUGAUCGAGUGUAACAGGACAAUAUUACAUAUACAUAUAUAACACAUAUUUUAUCGAGGAUUAUAGGGCAGUAGCGAUCCAUGUAACUCUCCCCUAUAAGCUAGCGAAAGGCAAGGCGAUAUUCGGAGAGGGACAAAACGAGAAACGAACACUAUAUCAAUAUUUUUCAUCGAUCAGCCAUUAACACGUUCAGUGUUAUGAAACCCAAGAAUGAUCUCCUAACUUCCCUGUUCUUACUGCGUUCCAGCGUCGUGGAAUAAAUGUUGAACAACACAUCAUUAAUGAUCACUAAUUGACUGACAAGGGUCCAGUAGUAUUGUGAUUUGCAACUGGUAGAGUGGAGUCUGAGUGAUACGUAGCUCAAAAUGAUACUCGAAUGCUAUGUAACUUAAGUAUUGAGUGAAAUUAUAGUGUCCCCUUUUUUUUGUACCAAUAAUUACUUAAUAUUUCAAUUAUUUUGAGCAACGUAGUGGUAGUCAGCAGAAGCUGUGUACUCUAUCUUCAGUCUUUAGCUAACGUUAGGUUAAAUAGUCGCGGAAUCUCUAGUAGACAAUAAGUUGAACUUAUUGUCAUUUAACUCUAUUUCUCAUUAAUUUUCAAGUGUACAGCCUAUUCCUGAAUAGAGGUAAAUAUUUAUAUCCAUGAUUAUUGUAAAUACAAUUAGAUACUUAGUUAGAUGAAUUGUACAUAUCAUUAAUUUCUUCUGCGAGAGUCCAUUCUAUCCGAUUGUAAGUUGAUGUUAAUACAAUGUUUAACUUAUUUACCAGUAAAUGUACGGGAAUGUAAGAUUAGUCGAGGGCACUGAACGUGUUAAAGAGCGUUCUUGAGGGAAAUCCUGUGUAAAGUCGCUAGCCUUUAGCGGAAAUAUUUUGUUUAACGAGAAAGUAAAAUGAGAGAGAAUGAGAGAGAGAGAGAGAGAGAGAACUAAAAGAUUGGACGAGCUCGGCCGAAUCGAUAUAUCGGUAGCAAACUAGAGAGUCUAUAGAAACACGGAGAGAACCCGCUAUUUUUUCUGAUAUCAUCUAAUGGGAAAAAGGAAACCAUAGUAUGCCAUAUUAUACAUCUCGUUUUUCCGUUCUAUCUUCUGUUAGGACGUCUCUCUUUAACGUAAGUAGUUAUAAUUCAUGCGCGUGAAAUUCAAAACGGAAGAAGUACAGCGACUAUAAAAUAUAUUAGUUGAGAUGCUAUUAUUUACGGUUAAUUUGUAUUAAUUGUCAUUGAUAUCAUUAUGCGCUACGAAUAUGUUGUAAACGAUUAUUAUGUAACACAUGAAUGGCGUUUAAUAGAGUAUUUAUUGAAAUUA